AGCGCGUUGAAUUUGUAUAAAUAACGAAAACCCUGACGUCAAAUUGCAUUUGUUGCAUAAAGGCACGAUGGGGACUCGAGUGAAGAAGAAAAUGACGGAAUUUUCUACAAGUUUUUUAUGGAUUCUGUUAUUUGCAGUUUCAAGUGAAGGUGCAAAGUUCACUUCCAUCAGUCCUAAUUAUGGCAGUUUGAACGGAGAAACAAAAUUGUCAAUCACUGGAACAGGUUUUCCAAGCGACCAGUUGAAUAGUCAAGAUGACAACCCCAAUGUAGGCACAAAGGUGUACUUCGUGAGUGAAUCUGGCAGGGAGUAUUCGUGUCGGUUAUUUCCGGAUGGUUGCGUGGAAACAAUAAUUACCUGCUACACUCCAAAGGGCAUGCGUCAAGAGGAUCAUUCUGUAAAGAUUACUAUUGAAGGCAAACUUGUCGACGAAGAUUGUCUAAACGCCGCAAGCUGCACGUUUAAGCCACAUAUAGACAACACGCCUAUCAUCGAAACUUUAGUACCUCAAUCUGGACCACCGGAUGGGACUCUAAUCACGGUGACUGGUUUACUUUACACUGAUAAGUUCGGUAAUAAUAUUGAAAAGGCUUCGAAUGGUAGACCCCAGAGGAUCCUAAGAUUGUACAUGGGCGGACAAACGUGUGAGCUGAAGCCUGCAGGGUCGGAUCAGUUCCACUUACUCGCACUGGACAACGAGGACUCUGACCACGGAACUUUCAAGUGUAACACUACCGGAAAGUCCGUCGGCUGCUUUAAUCUGACGAUGAUUAUUGAUCCACCAUACGGAAGGUCUAUGUCUGAAGUUCAACGUCUGUCGGAGAAUGACGAAAUCUGCAUGUUUGUUAGCUACGCUGUUGUCACAAGACUUAGUCACAGCUCAGGAAGUACAGAGGGCGGCCAGACUCUGUAUAUUUACGGGGAUUACUUGGACGAUACUAAACCAUAUGCCCCGGCUUCGGUUUCUAUCGAAGACACCGUGUGUGAAGUAAAAGAAGUUGUUAGAGACGUAUAUAUUAAGUGUGUGGUUGCUAGACAACCAACGAGCGUCGGUAGUAGUUCCCGUUUCGUUGGUAAUCGUGGCCUUCGGCAUGAAAUCUGGUCGAUAUCAGUUAGUAAUUUACCCGGAGGUUUCGGUGAUAUACGUCAACUUGGCAGUUCUUCAAGUGGGUACCAGCAGAAAGUCUUGGAUGAAACCUAUGCCUUUGACAACACCAUGGACAAUUACGUCAGCAGAAUGACGUUUUACUACGUCCCUAAAAACUCCGGCACAUAUGAGUUCCAUCUACUUGGUGACGACUAUGCCGAACUUUUUAUUGACGAAAAUUCGGCAGUAUCAUCAUCAUCGGAAUGGGCUGUGUCAAACAGACGAACAUUAAACAAAGACCAAAAAUAUUUUAUGCAAGUGAUUCACUAUGACGUUACUGGAGAGUCCAUUAUUUACCUUAAAGUGAAAUAUUUCGAUUCAAACUACACAAGAAACUACACAAAUGCGGCCAGGCAGGAAACACAAAAGUUUAUUGUAACUUCUACGGAGAAAUCUGAGGAACAGGAACUAGAGUUUAGAGAUUUUGUAAAGAACACUAAUGUUAGGGGAGAAAUAUUAGAAGUGAUGAUAAAUACAACCGGAAAAUUCCGGUUAGGACUUAAAGGUGUUUAUACAGGUCCACUAAACCCAGACGCAGACGAAAUAAAAGAAGCAUUAAAUAGUCUACCAUUGCCUGGAGUCAGCGUUGGUGUAACGAGAUUGCAAGAUCCUAUGCCUACUUUUCACAUAGCAUUUGCUAAUUCCAAUCGAGGUGACUUCAGAACCGUGAACGUCCUCAAGGUUGCUGGUGGUCCGCCUGUACUACAUACAGUGAAACAAAACAGAUCCGGUAUACCUGACCUUGACACAGUGACCUUGAACUUUGCGGGAGUUGAUUCAGAUCCGUUUUCAAUAACCGAUCUGACGGCAGAAAAGCUUGAGACUGCAAUCAAUAGUCUGUUUGUAGCAAAGUGUUCAGAGAAAACAUUUCUACCAUCUCGCACGAACGCAAAGUAUACGCAAGAUUUUGAGACGCCUUCUACCGGAUACAUUGGUACAGUUGUGAAAGAUUCUGAACCAUUUUGUGGACGCUAUAUUUUGGAGAACCCGUAUCGUAUUUAUAAGAAAGAGGACAAUACAGAUGGGAUAUCUUUAGAACAGUAUAAACAGCUUUGUUUUGCAUACAAAGGUUUUCUUCAAGAUUACAUCCAAGUAAGCUUUACUUACAAAACAUCGGUGACUGCAACCACAAGUUCAGAUACUCGUAAAUUCCCUCACACAUUUAGAACCGACUCUGAAACUGAGUCAAAGAGGUGGUAUUACACAUGUGUUGACUUGUAUGAGAAGGUGACGGGCGUCUAUCCAAGCUUUAUGCAAUAUAGAGUAACUGAAAUCAGAGUGAGAAGCCUAAAUGCUGAUAAGAUCGGCUAUAUCGAUGCCGUCUAUAUCGGUCAAAAGGCUGUUACCGAUCCAGAACCAAAUAAACUCCGGAGAAAAGCAGCUCUUCCUAACGGAGAAGUGAUAAAUACCGUGUCGGUAGAAGCUUCUGGAAACAAGUAUAAAGUCACCCUCAAACCAUUUAAUUGUGGUACAGGACUUCCACUUUUCAGACUAGGACAUGCUUUGUUACCAGAUCACGUACGGAACAAGGUAGUAAACAAUGUUGUUCAACCAUUAUAUAACGGAAAGGGCAUAGUUCGAGUGACUCGUAAAGUAACGGCGUCCCCACCUCCAACAGGAACUCUGAAUGUUCAGUUUAAUGGUCAGAUAAAAAAAGGUUUAAAUAUUUCACUUGAGCCUGGGGAUUUUAGAAACCAGCUCGAGUCUCUAAAAGGAAUUGGAUCAGUGUCUGUGACACGGGAGGGUGAUUGUGCAAACUUCAAUUUGUCUGUAACAUUCCUAACGCGUCCCGGGAACCAGGAAGAAAUUAGGAUUCUCAGCAGAAAUCUGCAGGGCACAAAUCCGUCGGUGACUGCAUAUACAGAAGAAGAUGGGGGCGUGUUUUACGAUCCUAUACCAGGCGGUCUUGUCAGAACAGUGGAAGCUAAACCACAGGUCACGGUUCGCAUCAACAAUGAGUUAACAGCGUGUCUUGGGGACUGUUCAUACGAAUGGCUUUCUUCCUCAACACCGGUUGUCUCCUCUGUGUCUCCAUCUAGCGGUACGUCUGCAUCGAACGCACAAAUAGUUAUUACCGGAAGCGGAUUCAGCGCAGAUAACAGUAAAAAUCACGUGACAAUAGGAGGCGUUCCUUGCACAGUGACGGGCUCCUCCUCCUCCAGCAGCAUAACGUGUAUUGUUGGCAAUGGUCCUUCUGGGUCACAUAGAAUUCUCGUCAACGUUGAUGGAAAAGGCUUGUCAAGUGGGAAUGUAUUAUUUACCUACAUAUCUGGUAUAAAUGACAUAUCUCCAGACUCCGGUAGUCUUGGAGGAGGCGUGACUCUAACAAUUUCUGGGUAUGGUUUCAAGGCAGGACUUUCUGUAACUAUUGGUGGAAAACCGUGUUUCAUAAAUGAUACACAGCCCAAUCAGAUUAAAUGUAUUGUUCCUCCAAUGACAUCACCUGGUGCAUAUAGCGUUAUAGUUACGCAAGGAACGGUGACGAGAACAUACGAUUCCUUUACAUACGUAGCGUCAGAGACACCACUUAUCACAAGCAUUUCACCUCAGAGCUUCGGAGUAUUUGGGGCAGUGAUCACAAUUGAAGGUCAAUCUUUCACCUCAACUAGUGGCAAAGUGAGUAUCGGGGGAAAAACUGGGUAUAUCAUAUCUUGGAUUAAUUCAAAGAUAAUAGCGAAUUUUACGGGAGUUCCGGCCGGCACACACGAGCUGCGAGUAUCGACUAAUACUGGUUAUGCAACAAACAGUUCUUAUAUAAUACCAACGGUGUAUGUGAAUCUCGUUGUGAAUAACGUGUAUCCAUUGGACGGAUCUAUACAAGGUGGAACGAAUUUGACAAUAAUCGGGGAAGGGUUUGGUACUAACGCAUCUCUCUCCAGUGUUAGUGUUGGAGGAGUUUCCUGCCCUGUUGACACAAUAACAGACACCCAAAUAAAGUGCCAAUUGGCUUAUGCUGGACGGCAUCACUCUGUAACUAACGGGGGCGUAUCACCAGAUUAUGGCAUAUAUUACGCAUUCGAUAAUCAAUAUUUGACCAUCCGUGUCGGGGAUGUCGUUGAUUGGUCGUGGUACACUCCAGCGUUUAUAAACGAUGUUUGUCAUGCAAUCAUUCAGGUCAACAGCAGUACUGACAAAAUAGCUAAAAUCGGCGGAUUUAGUACACCAUGUGUAAAGAGUGGUCGAUUUUCACAAGUAUUUACAAAAGCUGGCACAUAUUACAUAUGGAGUGGUUAUGUAGACCUGCAUGGUUUGAAAAAUUACUACAUGACUGUCACAGUCGAGCCUGCUCAAUCAAGUCUCGGAGAGGUCGCAGUCAGAAUUUCUGGUAUCGAGGCUUUAUACACAGUUUCAGCAGGGAACACCCAAACAACAAUUGCACCACUGUCUGGCUGCUCCGAUAACAAACCAUCUGGCAUCAGCUCAAACACGUUCAACUAUGCAUUCUGGACAUGCAACACACCAAAAGUCACUUCAAUGAUUCCUAGGAACGGGACAGUUAAAACGCCUAUUACAAUAUCUGGAAGAGGGUUUUCCAGUUCUAAUAGCCAGAAUGAAGUAAAGUUUGGUGACCUUAAGUGCGAUGUCACGUUUUCAAAUGAUUCAACUAUAGUUUGCAAUCUUCUCAAGAAUGGUGAACCGGAACUUGGUUUGUUACAUAGAUUGUCACUUCGAGUACACAAUCGAGGGGAUGCACUGAUUGAAAUUAUGACAGAAACUGAUAAAAGUUUUGGAGUGAUGCCAAAUAUAGAAAACAUUGCACCAACUAAAGGUUCACGUGCCGGUGGUGCACGUGUGACUGUAAUUGGAUUUGGUUUCGGCAAAACUCCUCAGGUGUCUGUUGGCGGUUUCACGUGUAAUGUACUUUCUAGUACUUACUCUGAAAUCGUCUUUGAAACUCCACCUUCUUCUUCUAACGCAGAAAAGGACGUUAUUGUUAACGCAUUUGUCGAUAACAGUCCUAUUACUGCAACAUGUGAGACUCAAAUGUCGGUCUGUAAAUACACUUAUUCGUCAUUGUUUACGCCAGUUGUGACAAGCAUAUCACCAUCAAGUACGUCAGGAAACACCAAAAUAACCAUUUACGGAUCAAAUUGGGAAACAACAUCUGAUAUAGAAGUUACUAUUGGCGGAGUUGCUGCUACAAACAUCGUUGUUAAUGCAAAUUCAAUUGAAGCAGACAUUGGUAAUAUACCUGUAGGAAGUAAUGAUGUUAGUGUUAGGGCUAAAGGUAAAGGCAAAGCAUCAGGCAGUUUGACAAUGACGGGAGACGCACAAAUAAGCGGAAUUAAUCCUCCUUCUGGAAGUUUGUUCGGUGGAACUAACAUAACUAUUCAAGGCAACGGCUUUGCUGUGAAUAAGACGACAGUCGUAAUAGAUGGGUCUGAAUGUAAGAUUAUCUCAGUCAGUUUGUCUGGGGUAGUAUGCACAACAAAGCCGCAUGCUAUCGCCGACGUUUCUGUAGAAGUUACUUCAAAUGGAGUUUCUUACGAUCCUCAGCCUUUCGCCUUCAAUACUGUAUCAACACCUACAGUGGAUUCUAUCAGCCCUCAGUCAGGAGUAUCCGGUGACGUGUUGACUAUUUCAGGAUCAAACUUGUAUGGUAGCAUUGUAUUUGUUAAAGUUGGUGGCGUUGAGUGUCCAGUUACAUCAAAAACAAACAUACAGAUCCAGUGUACCUUAGGGCCUCACGCUGCAGAGCUAGUGUCAGUGAUCGUACAAGUAGAAGGAAAAGGUCUAUCAGAUACGAACAUUGAAUUUGAGUAUACGCUAGCCAUUGAGAAUGUUUCUCCAAAUGAAGGAAGUACGGGUGGUAAACAGACUGUUACGGUAACAGGAAGAGGAUUCAACGAAAACGUUACGGUUACAAUAUGUAGUCUCCCCUGUGAAUAUAUCGAGACUACAUCAACAGAGUAUAAGUGUUUGACUCCUGCAAAUACAAAUACAGGAUGCGAUGUUGCUGUUUCUCUAAAUAAUGUGGUGAAGACACUAUCUGGCUCGUAUAGUUAUAAUGCUGCUCUCUCGUCAGUUAUUUCUAGUAUAUCACCAAUACGAGGAGGUACUGGAGGGGGAACACCUAUAACCAUUACGGGAAGUGGCUUUGGGACUAUACUAGGUUCAGUAAGUGUGAUGAUCGCCGGUUCUGAAUGUGAACCCCAAUCAGUUGAUGAAACGAAGAUAGUGUGUACAUCUGGCGCGCAUGCAGGCUCUAUAGAAACCAAGGUGCAGGUUCAAAUCUCCGAGAAAGGCAUAAACAUUGAGGAGACUGUAAAUUGUUCAGCAUGGACGUAUAUAGAUGUUUGGUCAUCGCAAUACACAUGGCAAGGUAAUCCUCCACCCGUGGAAGGCGAUUUCGUCGUUAUUCCAGAUGGCAUGACACUGUUGCUUGACACAGAUACCCCUGUGUUGGGUUUCCUUCUUAUACAAGGAGGUAAACUUAUAUUUGACGAGAAAGACAUAGAGUUGAAGUCUAAAUCUAUCAUGAUAACUGAUGGUGGUCAUCUACAGAUUGGUACGGAAUCCGAACCUUUCCAGCACAAAGGUAUCAUUACUCUCAUUGGUCAUGUUAAAGACAAAGAAACACCUAUCUAUGGAACAAAAGUGCUGGCCAACAGAAACGGGACUGUUGAAUUGCAUGGCCAACCCGUGGCAGUUACAUGGACGAAACUGGCCGAGACAGCGUUGGCUGGGUCAAAUACCAUCCGAUUACAGAAUCCAGUGGAAUGGAAUAUAAAUGAUGAUAUUAUCAUCGCAUCAACCGGUGAGAGACAUUCGCAAAGAGAAAAUGAGAAGAUGAAGAUCAGUCAGAUAUCCGCUGAUAAACAAACACUGACUCUAGAGUCUAACCUAGAAUAUACUCACCUGGGAACAUCUACACAACUUGGUGGCACUACCGUAGAAUUUAGAGCUGAAGUUGGCCUUCUCACGCAUAAUGUUGUAGUCAGAGGUGAAGCUGAUUCUCAAUGGGAAGAUGAAAUAGAAGCUUGCGAAGCUGGAUUUGAUACAGGUGAGUUUGCCACCCAGACUUGCUUUCAAGGGAGAUUUGGUGACGAGACAGGGAGUAGUCAAUUUGGUGGUAUGAUGCUUUUCCACGCUCCUCAAAAUACGACCAAUAAGGUAUCAGCACAUCUCUCUUAUGUUGAGGUCACAUUUGCUGGACAAGCAUUUAGACUAGGUCGAUAUCCAAUACACUUCCACAUGAAUGGAAACAUGACCGGAAGUUAUGUUAGAGGAUGCAGCAUCCAUGAAACUUUUAAUAGAGCGAUAAAUAUUCACGGCACUCAUAAUCUUUUAGUAGAGCAUAACGUCGCAUAUAAUGUAAUGGGUGGUUCUUUCUUCUUUGAAGAUGGUAUUGAAACGGAAAAUAUAAUUCAGUACAAUUUAGUAGUUUUCACGAGGGAAAGCUCCAGUCUUCUGAAUGAUGACAUAACUCCUGCUUCCUUCUGGGUAACCAAUCCAAAUAACAUCAUUCAGCACAACGCGGCAGCUGGUGGGACUCAUUUUGGAUUCUGGUACAGAAUGCAUGAUCAUCCAGACGGACCUUCUUACAAUGAAUCAAUUUUUCCAAUAAAAACUCCACUGGGUAUUUUCUACAACAAUUCCGCACAUAGCUUCGGGUGGUUUGGCCUGUGGAUUUUUCCAGAGUAUUUUCCACAACUGGACCCAUAUGAUGCCUCUUCAGAGGUAGAGCCGGCAGUGUUUAGAGCUUUUUUUGCAUGGAACAACGAGAAGGGGGUUGAAUAUGUAAAUGGCGGUGCUUUACAAUUCAUAAACUUAAUACUCGUAAAUAACUCUAAAGCUGGUUUCGAAGGAAAGAAGACAAUCGGUUCACCUUUGUAUACUGCUAAUUCUGCCGGUUUAUUUGACAGUGUUAUUUCUGCACACGCGUCAGAGGUAGCAGGUAAAAAUGAGGAUUGCACAUAUGGUGGCGUUAUUUUAGCGUACGGUCCAGGAUUUAGAGUACUCAAUGUAACAUUCGUAAACUUUGCAUACUCAGACUGCGUAGCUUUUAGAUUUACCAGAAUUGAUGGAACUUGUAGCGAUUUAUGUGGCGCAUACACGUACCAUUUGGAAAACCUUGCAUUUGUCAACUCUCCUAAAAAGGGUGCUUUCGAUUGGCGUCAUGAAGGCAUCUUAAUUGACAAAGAUGCUGACUGGGUCGUCGUUCCAACAACAGGUGGACUUCCGAAUGAAUGCAUCGACGCUACCGAAUAUAGUCAUGGGAAGAGAUCCGCAAGCAUGUGUCCAGCUAUAUACAAAAAUUUCCACAGGUUUGCAUUUAACGAACCUUCUCCUAGUUCUUUAGCAGGGCAAAAAGUCAUUAUAACCAAUGAUUACGGCGAUACUAUCUGCCACUUUGCAGACAAACGAUUGACACAUCCGGCUGGAUGGGUAUGCACUCUUCAAGACGGUUUCACAUACACCAUGAAAUUUGAACAGUCUCCUCAGAUAUUCAACAUUAGUUUCAAGGCCGUAUUUGAAAACUUUCAGGAUGAAGAUUAUGUAAUAAUUAUCAUUGAAGCAGCAGAAAAACCGGACAGAUUUUCUAUUGAUGGAGGUAAAACAAUCAUCAAUGCAUCUGAAUCAAUUAAUCCAGCAACAUCGAAAAACGGAGACUACGUAUAUGAAGACAAUAAAAUAAAGUUUAUAGUGUCUGCAAAGCAACGUGACUCGGAUACAUCGACUAGUGUCAAUAGACCAUGGGAUUUCUCGGCAUACAAGUGUUUCUACCCUGAUUGUAUACCGCCGCCUGAUAAAGAUUUUCAAGAACCUGCUGACGAAAGACAAAAUCCAUUUUAUCUUUGGGAUAAUUUGACGAUGUGGAACGCAACCGAAGACGGUUUUAUUUCGAACAGCGCUGGUCUGGAAGGAAUGUACGGAAUACCAAAAACGUACGAUAGUGUUAAGAUAAUUACCGAAACGUGGGUGGUUGUCAACAAGACGGCACCGUACCAAAUAAAUCUUCGAAUAUUAUAUCUUGAGGGUGUUCUUGAAUUCUUCGACGCACCGGGAGCGAACUAUGUUUUAGAAGCGGACAUUAUAUUUAUCACAUGCGGCGGACGUCUUCUUAUUGGUUGGCCUGAUAAUCCUUUUGAUGGUCUAGCAACUAUCAUUUUGAAUGGAAACCACUCGUCUCCAAACUUUGAUAUAGUUGGUGAUGGCCCCGUUCUAGGCUCUAAAGCCAUAGGUGUUUUUGGAGGCCUUGAUUUACAUGGGAAGAAAGCAGCAAUAUCCUGGACAGAGUUAGCUGAAACAGCCCCGGAAGGUUCAAACACUGUCACAGUUGGUGCUGCAGUCGAGUGGCUUGCGGGUGAUGACAUUGUUAUUGCCUCAACUGAUUUUGAUCCAUGGCAUACAGAAUCUUUUAAAAUAACUAGCCGUGAAUUAAUAGGAAAUGACCGAGUCAAAUUGUCAUUGAAUGGAACGUUAAGAUUUGAGCACACCGCCCACCAUGAGAUACUCACGAACGGUAAAGAAAUUAAAGUAGGCGGUGCUGUUGGCCUGUUAUCUCACAAUAUAAAGAUAAUGGGACAGGAUUAUAAUGAUCUGUAUGAGGAGUCAUACGGCGCCCGCGUUUUGGUUGGUCUACUGACAAAUGAGGGACAAACAUGUACAGGUUACGCAAGAUUGUCUUAUGUGGAAUUCUAUCAUACCGGCCAGGAGGGCUAUACUGACGAUUUUGAUCCGAGAUAUUCCUUAGCGUUCUUAGCGGUUGGGGAUGUAAGUGAUGUAAAACCCUCAAGUGUAACUGGCUGUUCCUUCCACAAUGGCUUCAACACAGCGAUUGGUGUUUAUGGAGCCGGAAGUUUAAAUGUUACGAACAACGUUAUUUUCGGGGCAGUUGGCAACGGUUUAGUUACCACUUCCCGUGACACCCGAUUGAUCAACAAUUUGCUGGUGCUAGUGAUUAGCACUGCCUCAUAUCAAAACAGAUUUGAAGCGUACGACUUCGAAUCAAACAGUGGCAUUGAAGCUAUGACUGCUACAGAACUAAUUCUUAAAUAUAAUCUUGUCACAGCAUCAGAGAGAAUUGGUUACCACGUUCCUCCUCACAACACAGACGACUAUCUUGGACACUACGAAAACAACAAAGCGUACUCAAACGUCCUCGGGGGAGUUGUAGUAGAAUUUAGGGAUUCUCUUUCCGUCACAGGAUGUGCGAAAAUAUCGAAUUUCACAGUUUGGAGAUCUCAUGACUUUGGUAUUUAUUAUCAAAAUGAGCCAUGCUAUUUAGCUGAGAAUAAUUUCCUUAUUGAAAACCAACACGCUCUUUUCGCUUUAGUUUUACAACCACCAUCACUUAGUCAUGAGUACGCAGAUAAGACUGUCACUGUGCGCAAAAAUACAUUUGUUGGCAUAACAAACAGUUUUAAUUGCAAUAAAGUAAAGACUCCAACAAAUGAUCAUAAUUACAUUCUUUCUUCUAACGCGCGUGUAAAAGGACCGAACUCUGGCAUAACUUUGCCAGCAUUUGCUAGUAAAAAUAAUGGUCUUCCGAGUCAUCCUUGGCCAGGAAGUAUGUCGUACCAAACUAUUGGUGGAAUGACAAUAUUACAUAAUAAUACAUUUGCAAAAUACAAGAACAGCACGUGCCCACCUUCAUAUGCAGUCUCUACAAAUAGCGACUUUGAUGACUUGACGCACCCCACUCAUUCGACUGAAGCAGUCUUCUUAGAUGUAGAUGAGAGCAACAGAUAUUUCAACCAUAGACCAAAUGUUGCAAAGAUAAAUGGCGCCGACUGUGUAGAUAUGGAGUGUGACGGACAUAAGAAGGUACUUGUCAAAGAUCUGGACGGAACCCUUAUUGGAGCUGUUGGCUCUAUCAUUCCACAAUCUCAGUGGGAAUGGGAUGGUGAUCCGAGACGUGGACUUGGAGAUUACAGAAUUCCGAAAACUAUGCUAAGCGAUCAGAACGGUGACAGGUUAUCUGUGCAAGACAUUGCUCCAAGAAAAGGUAUUAUUGGAAAUAAUGACUGUACCUAUCACAACGGUUGGCAAGCAUACGCGUGUACAGCAAACGGUGUAAAUUAUGAGAUGCUCGUUAUCGAGAGUAUGGACGAGGAUACAGAGACGCGGCGUCUGUCCCCUGUCGCUGUCCUUGGUGAUGGUUACAUUGACCUACUGAAUGGUCCUCAAGAUCACGGCUGGUGUUUUGGGUACACAUGCAGGAAGAGGUUGUCAACUUUCUUUGCAAUAGUUGCGACAGGUAAAGAGUUUUUGAUACAUUUGACAAGUAAAGCGCCGAAACAUUUACGAUUCCGUUUAUUAAACACUGAUGAAGAUAAAGGUGUAAAGAUUAGAUUCUGGUAUGCUGAGAGGAACAGGAAAGAUGUGUAUGCUGACAACACACUUGUAAGGUCAACAAACACUGGCACAGACAAAAAUGGAAAACUUGCUAUUCUAAGGGCCACAGGAAAUGAAUUCUAUCCUCAAAUUGCCAAUGUUACGGGGACCAACCUCUUUGACAAGGACAGUGGAGAACUUACUUUUAUCAUCAAAGGUCAAACACCUAUUAAUGUGAUUACCAUUGAGUCUGUCAUCGUAACCUUUGGGCUGCCUGAUCUUACCGUUGACGAGUUUUUCGGAGAAAACAUCGUAGAAAAUCUUGCUACAUUUUUAAACAUACCAUAUGACAAAGUAAAAAUCAUGAGUGUGACUUCAGAGACUAGCUUGACAAGAAGGAAAAGGUCUACUGGCUCUGGAAUAUCAGUUGUCAUUGAAGUGGGUAAUGAUGCACAAUCAGAAUUGAACGGAACUGCGGAUGACACUCUCUCAUAUGACGAUCUCACGCAAAUUGCUGCUGAUCUCGUAAAUGAAUGUCAAGUUGGAGAUAUAAGUAGUGCGUUCAAUAUCAGCGGCUCAUGCGAAUCUGUCGUUUUACCGUCGUUAGAUACCGAAAUAGAUUCUAUAGAGUACAUACCCCAAACUCCUGAUCAUUUAAUUGUCGUUGAGCAACCAUCGGCGACACAGGAAGGAAUAUUAUUGACGGUGCAGCCGAAACUUCGCGUGGCAGAUAUUGGGGAUAAUAUAGUAACGGUGCUAGGUACAGCUGAAUAUCCAUGGCAACUCACCGCAACAAUACGCACUGGUACAGGUCACUCUAAUGCCGUUCUAGGGGGCACAGUAACUGUCGAAGCUGUUGAUGGCUGGUUUAACUUUACCGAUUUAACAAUUUCACAUAUGGGAACAGGUUACAUACUUGAGUUUAACGUAUCUUACCCAGUUCAAGCAGAAUCAUUCUUAAUUGCUUCAUCCGAAUUCGAUGUACCCGGACGUACUGUUCAGUUACAUAUACAUGAUCAAAGUAGUGGAGAUAUUGUAAGUGGGUCUAGUUUCUCUAUCACAUUAGAUCUUCAAGACGCCAAUACAGAGGAGAUAAUCAGUGAUAUUGCAUGGAGGGAUCAUACCUGGACGGCUUCUGCAACUAUUCUCGGUAGUUCUGUUUACUCUGAUCUAUCAGGAUUCACCUCGUUUGCUUUUGACACCACCACCGGUAAAGCAAUGUUUCCAGAUCUUGAAUUCACAGGCUUUGGAGUAUACUAUAUAAAGUUUCGUGCAGUGUCAAAUCCUCCAGAUUUCGAUUUGACAAUGAAUUAUAAGGCCGUUGUUAAAGACAUAACACACUUGACAAUGCCAAUGGAGAAAGAAUACGAAGUUAAGGUAAUGUUCGAAGCUGAUUUUGCCGAUGUCUUGGCGACAGAAGAUGAUCAAAAUGAGUUUGAGCAGAUGAUAAUUACAUACUUUGCCAAUCAAUUCCGUGAUGUCCACUUUAAAGGUGGUUAUGUUAGUGAAGGAAGUAUUCUCGUAACGUUUGUCGUAGAAGGGCCGACAUCUUCAGUAGAAGAAACUGUGGAGAGUCUUUGUGGAAGUAUACAAAAUGAAACUUCAUUUACAUUUAACGGUCAAAGCCUUACACUUUCGCCAUACAUGGCAGUAAACAACGAGCAGUAUUAUGGUGUGAAAUGCGGGGAACAGCAGCCUCGUUCUGAAGACGAUGAUGGUAUGGCAGCUCAUCUCAUUGCAAUCAUUGUCAUAAUGAGUCUGGUUGUCAUAGCAGCUAUAUGUGGCAUUGUUGUCUGGAAAACAAAGGUUAAUUAUAAAGGACGUUCUCCUGUACUUGUCAAACCCCUAGCAUUCAAUCAAACGUUUAAGAAAUCGGCCUUAGGACAUUAUUACACGGGUGGAAAUGAGACCCCGAUGGAGAAAUAUACGUUCAGGGAUGCUUCUUUCACCAACAUAAUGGGUAGACAUACUGAUAGCCACGCCCCACCGGCUGCAACAAAAAUGGCGAAUUCUCAUCACUUGAAGAUUGAAAAGGAAGAUAGUCAACAAUGGUCGCGGCCACAGUCUGGGCACACUCUGCUUACCUCUACACCACACAGCCUGAACAUCGAGGUUUCGGAGCUUCUCGGCACUAGCAUCAAAUCGUCGAAUUCAACCCAUGUUCAGCAGGCAUGGUCAACUGGAAAUGAACUUAACUUACCAGGAAUGAACCAGAUUGACCCAAGAUUGCCAAGUCCGACUGGAAGAGGCUCGCCGAUGCUUCACAGGGCUCGUACACCUGUGACUGAAAUGGAAAAUAAGAUGCCACCAGUAGGAGAAGCUGCAACAAAGCAAUUAUAUUAGAACAACCAAUUGAGAUAAAUUUGAAUACUAAAUACUUUCAUUUCCUUUCCAAGUAAUGAUGAUUGUUAGUGUUGAAGAACCGAUAUUGUUCUAACAAGUAUGAAUAUUGUUACACCUUUUACUUGUGAGACAUGCAAGUGUAAAUAUUACUUAAGAAGUGUAUGAUAUUAACAAGCAUAUGUUGAUAAACGAUGCUGUGACAGGAAAACAUUACUAUCAACACCCUUACCAUCAAAGUGCACAUAAUCUGAUAUUUAGAUAUGAAAUAUGGUGUACAUAGUUUAAUAAAUAAAAGUCACAAUAAAUUCGUAAAAAACUAAAAAUAUAUAAUUGCAGUGAUACCGUGUUACUCUGUAUAUCUUGCUUAGUGUAUGACUGUUGUCAAUGUAUUCAGUAGGGAUAAAUCUGGAUGAACGUACUUAUAACUCAAUUAAUGAAUAUGUUGUUGUUUUACGUGUUGUUGUUUUUUUCAUUUUACUCUGUGUGAGUGCUUGUGCGUGUGUAAAAAAAUUAUACCCAUCGUGUAAAGUAAUAUUGUCUAUAUUAUGACAUAUUUUGUCUAGGACGAAACUAACAAUUUAGAUGAAAUAAUGCAUGUGUGUGUGUGCUAAGAUUUCGACGCCAGUUUCUUAAUAAUGCAUUUAAUUUUGUGAACAUAAUUGCAAGUUUGUUACUCCUACUAAUUUUUUUGAGAACAUGAAGUAGUUUUUAAAAUUAGACUCAAUCUUACUAUCAGAAAGUAAGUUCAUGGCAUGUAGUAUUUCCAUUAAAUAAUUUGUAUCGUUGUUUUCUUUUGCAUUUUUAUUUUCGUUUUGUUUUGCAUGCCAGAUGCGACCUAGGAUUGAAGAUGAUAGUAAUCCAAAUGUGAACAAAAAAGCCAUUUUAUUAAAAAACGGUUUGGUUCAAAAAACAAAAACAGACUUCUUUCACUCUCGCCGCUUUAACCCUUACCUGUUUUAACUGAAAAUCAUUAAUAUAGAGCUUGUUGUCUACUGCGGGAAGCUAAAUGUAUUUUGUUAUUGCAAGCCAUUGCACGUUAAAAUGACCUUUCUAAAUUCAAAGCUGUACAAACCUUAAGCACAAACAAACUCGGCUUCAGGCUACAGGUUACUAGCUAAGAAAGGCAAUAACUUUUUUUCUUGGUGGUCUUCAGCAUCAGCGGAAAGUGAUAUCAUGUUUAUUUCUAUUUUAGACAUGAAUUUCGUUAAUGAGUACUUACGAUUUUAUUUAAUUUCAAUCACGGACAUACAUAAAGCUGGAUUUUGUUUAUUUUUAUGAUUUUAAUAAAGUUUUUUAACAUUA